UGUCCCCUGGAAGCUUCCGUAGCUAGUCACAUGAGCGCAGCAGAUUGUUUGUAGUGAGCAGCUGAUAUGAGGCUGUCAUAGAGCAGAGACAAAUUUAGCCGAAUAUACUGUCAGAAAGAUGAUUUUAUAUGAACAUUUUCCUUCGACGGUCAUUUGACCCGUUUAUCUGCUCUAGCUGAAGCAUUCUGGAUCUAAAGCAGAGCACACCGGCGCGGAACUGAUACAUUGUGUCAGAAGUGACGUGUGAAGCGUUCUGUCAAACAAAACGUGUUUUAAUGUUUCUGUGCAUCACAGAUGUAAAUGUAUUCCAUUAGAGACUGAAUUGACGCGACUGGUUUAGUGUUUUAAUAAAGACUCUUCACAUCAGGGAUAUCAACAGAACCCACCGCGCGUCCCUGCCAGCCGGUUUCGCAACAUGCAGCUACACUGAUUUGUCUUGUGAUUUGAUUGCACACAAAAUCAAUUGGUUUGCAUAUUAAUUCAGAUGCUUUUUUAAAAGAACAACAUGUUGCGGUGGAUUCUGGGAGGUCGGGAAGCGCAGGGAACAGUGGAGAAGAGUGCAGCGCUGUUCAUUGGGGAGGAACAGCCCAAAAACUGUUUCACGGAGAUGCAGGUGCUGAAAGGACACUUUGACAUUGUUCGAUUUCUGGUGCAGAUUGAUGACUUAAGGUUUGCGUCUGCAGGUGACGAUGGCCUGGUGCUCAUUUGGAAUGUUGAGACUGGAGAGUGUUUGUUUGUGUUGCGCGGUCACACGCAGCAAAUCACUGCAAUGACAUCAUACACCUUCAUCAGAGGAGGAACCGCACACACGGCGCUCAUCACCGCAUCAUCAGACCGCACGCUCAGUUUAUGGGAUCCAGAUUCAGGGAACCGAGUGCAGAACAUUUCUGAUCUCCAGUCUUCAGUGAAGUGUUUGCUGGUGUUGGCUCAUCUGGACGUGUGGCUCUCGGGUGGAAAUGAACUGUGUGUUUGGAACAGAGACUUGGAGCUGCGGUGUAAAAUGGUUCAUCACAGCGAUGCAGGCAUCUCGGCCAUGGUGGAGUUACCAAAGAACUUCAUUGCAGCUGCCAUGGAUAAAGAAAUUGUGAUAUUUAAGCUGAACCUGUCUGGAUCAGACAUUGCGGUCAUGGCCAUGCGUCAUCUAGCUGACCAUCAGGACACCAUCCGUUCUCUCAUCCACAUCAACGAUCGCUUGUUUGCGAGCGGCUCUCAUAUCGGUGAGCUCAUUAUCUGGGAUUCAGUGGAUUGGACGAUCCAGGCAUAUGAGCACAUUCUGUGGGAGGAGCCAGCGAGAGACAGCCAAUCAGAGUUCAAACUGAAUCACCAGAAACAGAUCGAGAGGUCCAUUCAACACAUGAGCUCAGAUGGGGAGUAUAUAGUGGCGGCUGUAGGCAGUGGUCUGUAUGUUUAUAAUGUGCUGAUGAAGAGUGUGGUGGCAUACAGGAGGACGGCCCAUGAUUCAAAUAUCUUGCACACCAUGCUUCAGCGGGACAGCUUGAUGUCGUGCUCUGAGGACGGUAGUGUGAGGAUGUGGGAGUUACAGGACCUCCCCCUGCCCGCCGAACCCGCCUCCUCAGGGUUUUUUGGGAUGUUUGGCACUUUUGGCAGGUCCAGUAAGCAGACAGGCCCUCCUGCAAAGAAAAUCCCAGAAGUCCCUGGUCUGCGCUCGCUGGAACUGAUCGGCGAUCUGAUUGGUCACUCUGGAGCUGUGCAGAUGUUUCUGAGUUUCAAGGAGAAGGGUCUGGUCACCUGCUCCACCGAUCAGCUGCUCAUCGUCUGGAAGGAUGGAGAGUUACAGUCUCAGCUCCGCAGUCUCGCCGUCUUCCAGAAACUGGAGGAAAACCAGGGACUGUGAUGGGAUCUUCAAAGCCUGAUGAUCCCCAUCAUCAUCAUCAUCAUCAUCUCCAUCAUCUCUGGAGCUCAAAAUGGUGCCUGGGUUGUGUUUUAAAUAUGAACACAUUUCUUUGCCUUACUAACAUCUGCUAAGCUUUGUCACGUCAGUGUUUUAACAUCACAUUGUUUUGGUAUGAUGUUGUGAUUUUAAUUUGAUGGUUUUAUGAAAUCAGUAUCUUGUAGUAAACAUCUGUAACCAUGUAUAUAUUAUGUUUGGUGUUUUUAUGUUAUUUUAAAACUGAACUUUUAAAAGUGCAAUGAUAACAUUUUACAAUAAAGUCUCAUUUGUUAUAAAUACAGUUGUUAGUUCACAUUUUUGUUACUUUAGCUAGCUGAAAUAUAUAUAUAUAAGUUUUUUAAUUCAGAUAGUGGUUUAAACAUUUCUCAGUUUCAUUUAGUUGAAUUUGAUGUACUAAAACAAAAACAUUAUAUAUGUUUAAUACAGUUUGACAACUGAUAAAACAUUUACAAAGUCUAUUAAAUGUUGAAGUAUUGUUCUGUUUGGUUGGUGUUUAAUAGUUAACUGUUAACAGAUGAAACCAUGAUAGUGAAGUGUUAUCACUGUGUUUCUUGAAUGUAUGCUUGCUAAUUUCUUAACUGACAAAACUGAUUAAAAAACUAAUUAAA